UGAUGGAACAAAAACUACAAAGACAAUUCAAUUAACAGAAGGUUAGAAGUUAGAACUGCAACAUGCGUUAGUUCACAUUUAAAAGUUAAAACCAAUCCAAUUUGUAACUUAAAAUAUUAUGGGAAAUUAUCUAUAAAAACCAUCAUGCAUAUCAUAUGUUACCUCAGUGAAACAUCAAACGAUGAGGGGUGGAGUAAUUGUAACAUGUUUCUUGAUAAUUCUGAUAACUGAUGUUGCCUCAAUGGUUUUUGGAAAUGAAAUGUGUGAUGAAACGCCGCACCCGAGUGAAUGCAAGACUCUGCUGAUUGAACACAAACCCAUAAGAAGCACUAAACAGUUCUUGCAAGUGUCCGUAGAACGAACACUAGAUGGAGCUGUCAAAGCCAAGAGCGACACGUACUCUCUUGGGCCACAAUUUGGCUCAAAGCAAGCUUGGGAGGACUGUAUGGAUCUGUACGAGCAGACUAUCCACAGGCUCAACCAGAGUGUGCUGUGUCCCAAGAACGCGUGCUCUAGAUCAGACGUGCAAGCAUGGCUCAGCACCGCACUCACCAACCUAGACACAUGUCAGGAAGAGAUGUCAGAACUCGGUGUCUCGUCUCAUUCCUUGGAGAGCAUUACCAUUGAUGUCAUUAACACCUUGGCCAUCAACAAGAGGACGGAACCAAACGGGAAGGUGUUUGGGGUAUCGAAAGUAACAAUGAAAAUACCGUCUAUAGGUAAAAAAGUGGAUGUAGUGGUGGCUCAAGAUGGCUCCGGGGACUACAAGACCAUCCAAGAGGCCGUGAAUGGUGCCGGAGAGAGGCCCAAAGGAAGCCCUAGGUAUGUCAUACAUGUCAAGCAAGGCAUUUACGAGGAAUAUGUCAAUAUAGGAAUCAAGUCUAAUAACAUCAUGAUCGUUGGCGAUGGUAUGGGCAAAACCAUAAUCACCGGUGACAAAAGCAAGGGCCGAGGAUUUUCCACUUUCAAGUCCGCCACUUUUGUGGCUGAAGGGGAUGGUUUCGUGGGGCGAGACAUAACGAUCAGGAACACGGCAGGACCGGAAAACCAUCAGGCGGUGGCUCUCAGAUCGGAUUCAGACAUGUCAGUGUUUUACAGAUGUAGCAUUGAAGGCUAUCAAGACACACUCUACGUCCACUCCGGUCGUCAGUUUUUCAGGGAGUGCGACAUAUACGGCACUGUCGACUUCAUUUUCGGAAACGCCGCUGCUUUUUUCCAGAACUGUCUGAUAUUUGCACGUAACCCACCGAAUGGAGUCAACACCAUAACGGCACAGAGCCGGUUCAACCCGAAUCAGACAACAGGAAUCGUAAUCCAUAACUCCGUGGUGAAAGGAGCUCCGGGGGUACAGUUAGGAGGCGUGAAAACGUAUCUGGGGCGUCCAUGGAGGUCGUACGCACGGACGGUGGUGAUGGGGACGCAUCUUGAUACGUUGAUCGAACCCAAAGGAUGGAUCGAUUGGGGUAAUGUAACGGCGCUAAGCACGUUGUACUACGGGGAGUAUCAAAACUUGGGACCGGGUUCGGGUACAGAGAACCGGGUUGAUUGGGCCGGGUUUCACGUGAUAUCUGAUAUCAAUGAAGCUCGACAGUUUACGUUACCCAAAUUCAUCGACGCUGCUUCAUGGUUGCCACCUACCAAAGUGCCUUUCACCAUCAAUCUCUAAUAACAUACUAGAACUCAUUUUUGUAACGUCCAUCAAAGUAUAGAUCUAAAAAAGGCCCGUUCGAUUUUUUUCUUUCUAUUAGAGCCCACAUGUUGGCAUUUUACACAAUAUAGCCUUUACUGUUUCUUCUUCUGUUUUUGUUUCCUCUAAUAAACUUGUAAUAUUCUUUUGGGUUUUGUCUUCUUAUCAACAAAUUAUAUGAUUUCUGAAUUGAAUGAUCUUUAUUAAAGAAUACAAAAAUAAAAUCCUAUAAGAAUGUGCACAAGAGGUAUAUAUGGAAAAUAAAUAUCUAAGAUAUAUUAGAAAGAUACUAAUUAACUCUCUUUUUAGAUGGAACAUUUGAGGAGACUUGGCAUCGUGAAAGUGGCUUAGUUAGAAAAUCCAUCAAUUGAUCUUGAAUAUGUAACAAGAAAAUAAACAAGAUAUCAACGCCUAAUUAAAUACUCUUUUUGUGUCUGGUUAGCUGCUCUAAACCGACUCUCAACAGGGGACCGCAUGAUCCACUGGAACAGAUGACAGUCUGCAGCUUGUGUGCUCUGCAACAACGCACUAGAAACGCAGGAUCAUUUAUUUUUCACCUGUGAUUUUGCUUCUGCAGUAUGGUAUGACUUAGCAAAGAAUGUCUACGGUGCAAGCUAUUCCACGAACUGGCAUGAUCUGAUGGUUUUCAUCUCUGGCAAUUGGAAAAAUCGAAUCGAAAGUUUCAUUGUGAGGUACCCCUUUCAAGCAAUGACACACACCAUUUGGCGGGAGAGAAAUGGAAGAAAGCAUGGGGAAAAGCCGAAGUCUACAGCUCUCCUAAU